AUGAUCUUCUGGCACGAUGGCAUCCCGCAGUACAAGAUGUUCGACGACAACCACAACGUCUCCUACUGUUGUGUCGCGCCCAAGCCCGCUGGUGUGUCGUGCUACCUCUGGUGCCCGCUCGAGUGCACGCCCGCCGGCCGCAUCACGCGCAUUUUCUCUGACCCGAGCCGCCAAGAUAUGCCCGUGCAGAGCGGGAGCGGAGGGAGCUGCCCGCCCGGCGCGCUGUCGCCCGCCAUUGGCAAUCUCGCGGAGCUCUCGUCGCUUGUUUUCCGCCACUCGUGCCUCGCGGGCGACUUGCCGGACUCCGUCACGCGCCUCCAGAAGCUGACGGAAAUCGUCAUGCCCGAAAACAACUUCUCCGGUCCCAUUCCACCUGGCCUUUUCCGCCUGCCCGCGCUCCGCCACGUGGAUCUGAGCACACUCAGUACCAACCCGGAAUUUCAACUUCCAUAUGAAGGCCUUUCGGGGUCCCUUCCCGACGGGCCCGACGCGUACUCCCCGUCGUUGGUAGCGGUCAUCCUGUCCGGCAACGCGCUCUCGGGGGACCUUCCGCGCGCCCUUCUCCGCGCGCCCGCGCUGCGCAGGUUGGACCUGCAGAGCAACAACAUCACGGGGGAACUCCCGGGGGAGGCGGGCGCGUAUUCGCGGAGCAUCAUUCGGCUCAUCCUGCGCAACAACAGCCUGUCCGGCGCCAUUCCGCCCGCGCUGGCGGAGAUGACGGCGCUGCGGAAACUCGACCUGGGGGAGAACCGCCUGUCCGGCGCGGUGCCCGCGGCGCUGCGCGACUCCGAGUCGCUCAAGGUGCUCGAUGAAGUGCGGCUCGACAGCAACACGCUUACCGGGCCGUUCUGCGACGCGCUGCUGCCGGCGAGCGAGCUCUGGCUGGGCUUCAACGACCUGGGCGGCGCGACCGCCGGGAGCAGCGCCAGCGCCACCGUCGGCGGCGGCGGGGGCGGCGGAGGUGAGGCGGACGAGGGGGGCUCUCUGCAUGGCUGCGUGCUGCCCGCGAAGCUAGAGAGACUAAGCGCGCCCCACGCGGGGCUGCUGGGGAGCGUUCCGCCCGACCUGUUCCUGGUGACGAACGCGCAGUCGGGGCGCAAGCCCUCCAUGGGCGGCUUGGGUAGGAUUAUCGGGAUCGACCUGAGCCACAACAGCCUCUCAAGCAGCCUGCGAGCUUUCACGGUGCUUCCGUCCGGCCCGGGGGACUUGGAUCUGUCGCACAACAACUUCUCCGGCGGUAUUCCCGAUGUGUUUUUCAGCUACUACUUCUGGCUCGUGGACCUGCGGUUUAAUGAGCUGUCGGGGCCGCUGUUUGACACGCGCCGGGUUUGGAGUUACGACUGGGACGUGCUGCGCGUGAGCAACAACAGCGCGCGCAUGGCGGGCGCCGUGGGCGCGGGGUACCUCCCCACUCCAGCGCCUGGAGUGCAGGCCUCCGCUGUGGAGACUGCUGCGCUGCUGGCGGUGCGCGAUGCGCUCCUGGGGGAAGGAGCAUUGGGAACAGUCGGAGCAGCAGUGGGGGGAACGGCGUUGGUGAACGGCGGAAACGGCUCAUGGGCGGAGAUUCUGCGCAGCUGGGACGCGUGCAGCAGCAGCGCGUGUGCGUGGUACGGCGUGGGGUGCACAGCAGACGGACACGUGGACACACUCCACCUGAUAGGCGCUUCCAACGUUACCCUGCACCCCAACUUCGUCCCGGAAUCGCCCGAAUGCGAGUACGACCACGCCGGCAGUGCGAGGGGGAGUCUGUCGGAGGCGUUGGGGCAGCUGACGCAGCUCACAUCGCUGCGCAUCUCCGGGCACGCUCUCUCCGGCGGCCUGCCGCCGUCCCUCUCGCGCCUCUCACACCUCGUCGCUCUCGACCUCUCCUCCAACCGCCACCUCUCCGGCUCCAUCCCCCCCGCCCUCCUCACCCUCCCCUCGCUGCGAGAGCUCUCCCUCCGCGGGAACAACCUCACGGGAGAGGUGGGUCUUCUGACGGGGCUGACGCGCCUGGCGCUGGACCACAACCGGCUGGACGGCAGCUUGCCACAGGAGCUCCGCGCACUCUGGAUGCUCCGAGACCUGCAGCUGCAGGGGAACGCCCUCCAGGGGGACAUCGCUGCACUCGCUACUGCCUCCCCCCCCCCUGCUGCUGCCGACGAUGGCAGUACCGCCGACUCUGCUGCCUCCAGUGCGCCUGUCUCGUGGGGUCUCAGCGGGGUGUUUCCGCUGCUGACCCGUCUGGACGUCAGCAGCAACGAGCUCUCGGGCGACGCAGCCACGCUCUCCCCUCUCCAGCAAUACUUACACACACUCAACGUCUCUCACAACCGCCUCACGUGUGGCCCCUUCAACGCCUCCUGGAACGCACGCUACAUGGACCUCUCACACAACCGCAUUAGUGCCCCGCUGCAAAGCUUGUUCCCGCUGUCCGAUGGCAUCUACUCGAGUGUGCUGCGUCUAUCGCACAACCAGCUGACGGGACCCAUCCCUGCCACGCUCCUGCAAGACAAAGUGACGGACGAGUUGGACCUCUCACACAACCUGCUCACGGGUUCAGUUCCAGCCAUCGUCAAUUUGCACUCCUUGGAGACGCUCGAUCUGUCGUUCAACCAGCUGUCUGGCACCAUUCCUAAUCUGGAUGUGUUCCUGAUAAGAUGUGACUUGUCCCACAACCGGCUCACCGGGGAAGUUCCCCCGCCGUCAUUUGUAAUGGAGUAUCUGAACGCAAGUUGGAACAAGCUUGAUGGGAUGGCCCAGUGGGAUCAUAGCCAGGGCAUGAGGUUGAAGAGUCUGGACGCGUCUCACAAUGCCAUGGCUGGAAAUCUGCCAGAUUUGGGUCAUAGGGAUGGGCUGAUGAGCCUGACAUAUCUGGACUUCUCCUACAAUGCGUUUACUGGCACUCUUGCGCAAAAGAUUUACCCGUUUUUUAAGCGAGCGACAGGAUCAGGAAAAGUGGAGCCUGCAUUCAAGUUAGAGGUUGGGCUGAGCCACAAUGAGCUCACUGGGAGCAUCCCUAGUAUCAUAUUCUCCUCGAACAUAUCGCUGCUCGACCUCUCCCACAACCAGUUCUCCGGCCCCAUCCCAGACCCUCCCCAGGGGAACGGCCAGAGCUCCUCCCUCGUCCCCCUCUCCCACUUGGACCUCUCUUCAAAUAAACUCACAGGAAGCAUCUCCAAUGCUCUCGUCACCGGCCUCGCAGCCCUAUCCCACUUGGACCUCUCCGCCAACCUGCUCUCAGGCUCGCUGCCGCGCUCGCUCACUCUUGCCCCCACACUCACCGACCUCAACCUCUCUCGCAACAAGCUCAAGGGCUCCCUGCUUGCCUUCUGUCAGGGCAAGCAGCGCCUCGCCUCUCUCCUCCUCUCCUCCAAUGCUUUCUCCGGCCCCCUCUCCUCCCUCCUCCCCUCCUCCUCCUCCUCCUGCGCCUCCUCCCUCCUCUCCCUCAACGUCUCCUCCAACCAGCUCUCCGGCUCGCUCCCCUCAUCCCUCUCGCGCUUCACCGCUCUGCACUCCUUGCUAGCAGCGCGCAACCGCAUGAGCGGCAGCAUCCCUGCAGGGCUGGCAUCGCUGACGGGCCUGCAGGAGCUGGACAUGUUGUGGAGCGGGCUGUCAGGCACCAUCCCUGCGCGCCUGCGUGCUGCUGCCCCCUCCCUGCAAGUGCACCUCGCUGGCAACGCCCUCUCUGGCUCCGUCCCCCCCUCUCUCUCCGACCUGCCCACCUCCUGCUUCCGCCCCGGCAACCCCAAGCUCUGUGGGAAGCCCCUGCCUGACUGCAAGAAGCGCUCUGCCAAGCCCAGGAAGGGCCGGUUUCCGCGCGCAUCCCUUCCGCCAAUCUACUUCCACUCAACCCUCCGCCUUCAAGUUAGACCUCCUGAUCUCCCGUCAACGAAGUCAACGUUCCGAACGUGGAGAUUACCCGAUCAUGCCGCUACUGUACUCAACGUCACAGCCUCUCCAAUCGUACACUCUCAUUCUAAUCCGCACGUUUCCAGAUUCUCAUACAGCAUUAUGGCCUCAAUCCCUCGCGCCCUCCCAUCCCCCCUCCCCGUCCCGUCGCGCCUUACCCUCAUCACCCUCCUCGCGCUAAUCGCGCUCCUCCGCCAGGCGGAAGCCUACACCCCUCCGCCGAUCCCCGACGGGUGCGUCGCGGAGAUAGCGGAGGUCGACCGGGAGGCCAUGCGCGCGGUGUACGCGGCGCUGCCCGAGAAUAUGUUCUUCUGGCACGACGGCAUACCGCAGUACAAGCUGUUCGACGACAACCACAACGUCUCCUACUGCUGCGUCGCGCCCAAGCCCGCUGGUGUGUCGUGCUACCUCUGGUGCCCGCUCGAGUGCACGCCCGCCGGUCGCAUCACGCGCAUUUUCUCUGACCCGAGCCGCCAAGAUAUGCCCGUGCAGAGCGAGAGCAGAGGGAGCUGCCCGCCCGGCGCGCUGUCGCCCGCCAUUGGUGACCUCGCGGAGCUCUCGUCGCUGGUCUUCCGCCACUCGUCCCUCGCCGGCGACCUGCCAGACUCCGUCACGCGCCUGCAGAAGCUAACGACUUUUGCAAUGCCCGAAAACAACUUCUCCGGGCCCAUUCCGCCAGGCCUUUUCCGCCUGCCCGCGCUCCGCCACGUGGACUUGAGCACAAUAAGUCCCCAUUCGUACUUACAACUUCAAUAUGAAGGCCGCCUGCCCGCCCUCCGCCACGUGAACCUCACCCCACCAGAAGGAAUAGUUGGCCUGUCGGGGUCCCUUCCCGACGGCCCCGACGCGUACUCCCCGUCGCUGGAAGAAGUAAUCCUGUCUGGCAACGCGCUCUCGGGGGAGCUUCCGCGCGCCCUUCUCCGCGCGCCUGCGCUGCGCCAGUUGGACCUGCAGAGCAACAACUUCACGGGGGAACUUCCGGGGGAGGCGGGCGCGUAUUCACGGAGCAUUGCCGCGCUCAGCCUGCGCAACAACAGCCUGUCCGGCGCCAUUCCGUCCGCGCUGGCGGAGAUGACAGCGCUACAGAAACUCGACCUGGGGUGGAACCGCCUAUCCGGCGCGGUGCCCGCGGCGCUGCGCGACUCCGAGUCGCUCAAGGCGCUCAAGGAAGUGCGGCUCGACCACAACGCGCUCACCGGGCCGUUCUGCGACGCGCUGCUGCCGGCGAGCGACCUCUGGCUGGGCUUCAACGACCUGGGCGGCGCGACCGCCGGAAGCAGCGCCAGCGCCACCAGCGGCGGCGGCGGGAGCGGCGGAGGUGAGGAGGAGGAGGGGGGCUCUCUGCACGGCUGCGUGCUGCCCGCGAAGCUAGAGAUUCUCAGCGCGCCGCACGCGGGGCUCCGGGGGAGCGUUCCGCACGACCUGUUCCUGGCGAUGAACGCGCAGACGGGGCGCAAGCCCUCCAUGGGCGGCUUGGGUAGGACUAUCCGGAUCGACCUGAGCCACAACAGCCUCUCGGGCAGCCUGCGAGCUUUCACGGUGCUACCGUACGGGGUCUUGGACCUGUCGCACAACAACUUCUCCGGCGGCAUUCCCGAGGUGUUUUACAGCGAAUUUUCGCGCGUGGACGUGCGGUUUAACGAGCUGUCGGGUCCGCUGUUCGACGCGCGCCGGGAGGCGUGGAGUCGGGGUUGGAGUUACGACUGGGACAGGCUGCGCGUGAGCAACAACAGCGCGCGCAUGGCGGGCGCCGUGGGCGCGGGGUACCUCCCCGCGCCCGCGCCGGGCGUGCAGGCCUCCGCUGCAGAGACUGCUGCGCUGCUGGCCGUGCGCGAUGCGCUCCUGGGGGAAGCAGCGGGGGGAGCAGUGGGGGGAGCAGCAGGGGAAAUUGAGUUGGUGAACGGCAGAGGAAGCUCGUGGGCGGAGAUGCUGCGCAGCUGGGACGCGAGUAACAGCAGCGCGUGUGCGUGGCACGGCGUGGGGUGCACAGCAGACGGACACGUCGACACUCUACACCUGAUAGGCAACUCUUUCGUGUACCCGCACACCAACUACAUCCCCGAAUCGCCCGAAUGCGAAGACGACCAGUACGGAGACAAGGUAUGCGCGCACGACGUUCCGCCGCCUCCCCCCCGAGUGCGGUACUUCCUACAAGGCCUCCCGGGCGGCAGCUCGAACAGCAGCGGGAGUGCGAGUGCGAGUGCGAGCGGAAGUCUGUCGGAGGCGUUGGGGCAGCUGACGCACCUCACCUCGCUAUGCAUCUCCGGACACGCCCUCUCCGGCGGCCUGCCGCCGUCCCUCUCGAGCCUCUCCCACCUCGUCUCUCUCAACCUCUCCUCCAACCGUCAACUUUCCGGCUCCAUCCCUCCUGGCCUCUUUGCCCUCCCCUCGCUGCGAGAGCUCUCCCUCCUCGGGAACAACCUCACGGGAGAGGUCCUCCCAACCACCACUGCAGGAGCAGCAGGAGCAGCAGGAGCAGCAGUGCCGCUGUCACCGAGCUUGGAGAGUCUAGACGUGGGGGGGAAUGCUCUCUCGGGGUCCAUUGCAGCGCAGGUGGGUCUUCUCACGGGGCUGACGCGCCUGGCGCUGGACCAGAACCAACUUGAGGGCAGCUUGCCACGGGAGCUCGGCGCGCUCUGGAUGCUCCGAGACCUGCACCUGCAGGGGAACGCCCUCCGGGGGGACGUCUCUGCACUCGCUGCCGCCUUCCCCUCCCCUGCUGCUGCUGCUGCUGCUGGCAGUACCGCCGACUCCACUGCCGCUAGUGCAGCUGUCUUGUGGGGACUCAGCGGGGUGUUCCCGCUGCUGGCCCGUUUGGACGUCAGCAGCAACGAGCUCUCGGGAGACGCAGCCACGCUCUCCCCUCUCCAGCAAUAUUUCCACACACUCAACGUCUCUCACAACCGCCUCACGUGCAGUCCCGGCAACGCCUCCUGGAAUGCGUAUUACAUGGACUUAUCACACAACCGCAUUAGUGCUCCGCUGAAGGACCUCUUUGGGAAAGUCGACAGCUUCGAUUCGACAGUGCUGCGCCUGUCGCACAACCAGCUGUCGGGACCCAUCCCUGCCAUGCUCCUGCGAAACAAAGUGCAAGGAGAGCUGGACCUUUCCCACAACCUGCUCACGGGUUCAAUUCCCGCCAUCGUCAAUUUGUACUCCAUGAAGACCCUCGACCUGGCGUUCAACCAGCUGUCCGGCACCAUUCCUCAGCUGCAUGGCUCGCUGAUAACAUGCGACUUCUCCCACAACCGACUCACUGGGAAAGUCCCACCAGCGCCUCCUGCAAUGCAGUAUCUGAACGUGAGCUGGAAUCAGCUUGACGGGAUGGCCCAGUGGCAGUAUCAGGAGGGUAGGAGGUUGAAGAGUCUGGACGCGUCUCACAAUGCCAUGGCUGGAAAUCUGCCGGAUUUGGGUAACAGCGAUGGGCUCAUGAGCCUGACCUAUCUGGACCUCUCCUACAAUGCGUUUACUGGCACCCUUUUGGAAAAGACUUACCCGUUUUUGGAGCAAGCGACGAGCUUUACGGGAAGUGUGAAUCGUAGGAGCGGGGUGGAGGUUCGACUGAGCCAUAAUAAGCUCACAGGAAGCAUCUCUAGCUUCGUCUUCUCCUCGUCCCCCUCACUGCUCGACCUCUCCCACAACCAGUUCUCUGGCCCCAUCCCAGACGCUCCCCAGGGGAACAGCCAAGGCUUUUUUAUCGACCUUCUCUCCUACUUGGACCUCUCUUCCAAUAAGCUCUCAGGAACCAUCUCCGAUGCUCUCGUCACCGGCCUCACGGCCCUGUCCCACUUGGAUCUCUCCGACAACCUGCUCUCGGGCUUGCUGCCCCGCUCCCUCGCUGCCGUCCCGCCCCUCACCCACCUGGACCUCUCACGCAACAAGCUCAAAGGCUCCCUGCCUGCCUUCUGCCAGGGCAACCAGAGCCUCGCCUCUCUCCUCCUCUCCUCCAAUGCUUUCUCCGGCCCCCUCUCCUCCCUCCUCCCCUCCUCCUCCUCCUGCGCCUCCUCCCUCCUCUCUCUAGGCAUCUCCAACAACCAGCUCUCCGGCUCGCUCCCCUCGUCCCUCUCAUGCUUCACCGCUCUGCAGUCCUUGCUAGCGGCGCGCAACCGCAUGAGCGGCAGCAUCCCUGCAGGGCUGGCAUCGCUGACGGCCCUGCAGGAGCUGGACGUGUCGUGGAGCGGGCUGUCAGGCACCAUCCCUGCGCUGCUGCGUGCUGCUGCCCCCUCCCUGCAAGUGCAACUCGCUGGCAACGCCCUCUCUGGCGCCGUCCCCCCCUCUCUCUCCGACCUGCCCACCUCCUGCUUCCGCCCCGGCAACCCGAAGCUCUGUGGGAAGCCCCUGCCCGACUGCAAGAAGAGCUCUUCCAAGCCUAGGAAGGGCCGGGUGUAG